GUCCAGAGACUCAGCGCUGUGGUUUCUGUCUCUGUGUCCGAGCAGCGUGCGGCUAAACGCGGCGUGUUUGGGAGCAGAAAACCGAGUCAUUCCGCGAGAAUAGCGACUUCUACAGCUGAUUCAGAAUGGACUCCUCUUUGAGUGCAGCUCAAAUCCGUGAAAAGUUCAUCGACUUCUUCCGUCGCUAUGAGCACCAGUACGUCCACUCGUCAUCCACCGUCCCACUGGACGACCCCACGCUACUCUUCGCCAAUGCUGGCAUGAACCAGUUCAAGCCCAUCUUCCUCAACACCAUCGACCCGUCCCACCCUAUGGCCAGGCUGCAUCGUGCUGCCAACACCCAAAAGUGUAUCCGUGCAGGAGGCAAACACAACGACCUGGACGAUGUGGGUAAAGAUGUCUACCACCACACCUUCUUCGAGAUGCUGGGGUCCUGGUCUUUUGGGGACUACUUUAAGCAACUGGCCUGUAAGAUGGCCUUGGAGCUGCUGACCCAGGAGUUUGGUAUUCCCAUUGAUCGUCUGUAUGUCACUUACUUUGGGGGUAAUGAGGACGCAGGCUUGGAGCCCGACCUGGAGUGCAAACAGAUCUGGAUCGACCUGGGGAUGGAUGAGGCUCGCAUCCUGCCAGGCAGCAUGAAGGAUAACUUCUGGGAGAUGGGAGACACCGGGCCCUGCGGCCCCUGCAGCGAGAUCCACUUUGACCGCAUCGGAGGGAGGGACGCCUCUCACCUGGUGAACAUGGACGAUCCCAACGUCCUGGAGAUCUGGAACCUGGUGUUCAUCCAGUUCAAUAGAGAGUCUGAGACGGAGCUGAAGCCACUGCCUAAGAAGAGCAUCGACACAGGGAUGGGUCUGGAGCGCCUGGUGUCCGUACUGCAGAACAAGAUGUCCAACUAUGACACCGACCUCUUCAUCCCGUACUUUGAAGCCAUUCAGAAGGGUACAGGUGCUCGACCUUACACCGGUAAAGUAGGUGCUGAGGAUGCUGACGGUAUUGACAUGGCCUACCGUGUGCUGGCUGACCACGCCCGCACCAUCACCAUCGCCCUGUCAGACGGCGGCCGGCCUGACAACACAGGAAGAGGCUACGUGUUGAGGAGGAUCCUGCGUCGUGCAGUCCGUUAUUCCCACGAGAAGCUGGGAGCUCAGAAAGGCUUUUUUGCGUCUCUGGUGGAUGUGGUGGUCGAUUCCCUGGGUGAUGCGUUCCCGGAGUUGAGGAAAGACCCAGAAAUGGUGAAGGACAUUAUUAAUGAGGAGGAGGUGCAGUUCCUUAAAACCCUCAGCAGGGGGCGCCGUAUCCUCGAUAGAAAGAUCAUGAGUCUGGGAGACUGCAAGACCAUCCCAGGUGACACAGCAUGGCUGCUGUAUGACACAUACGGCUUCCCUCUGGACCUGACCUCCCUCAUCGCGGAGGAGAAAGGCAUGGGCGUGGACAUGGCUGCCUUCGAAGAGGAGAAGAAGGCCGCACAGCUGAAGUCCCAGGGUAAGGGCGCAGGAGACGCGGACCACAUCAUGUUGGACAUCUACGCCAUUGAAGAGCUGAGAAACAAAAAUAUCCCCGCCACAGACGACUCUCCCAAAUACAAAUACACUUCGGACGAGACCGGAAAAUACGAAUUUGAGCAGGCCACAGCCACAGUGCUGGCCCUGCGCCGUGACCGCGCUUUCUGCGACGAAGUGACCACGGGUCAGGAGUGCGGUGUUCUGCUGGACCAGACGACCUUCUACGCCGAGCAGGGCGGACAGACAUUUGACGAGGGCUACAUGCUACGAGAGGACGAAAGCACAGAGGAUCGGAUGGAGUUCACAGUGAAGAAUACGCAGGUCCGAGGAGGUUACGUUCUCCACGUGGGGACGGUUUACGGCACGCUGAAGGUUGGAGACCACGUUACCUUACGCGUAGAUGAGGCUCGUCGUAAGCCCAUCAUGAGCAACCACACCGCCACACACAUCUUAAACUUCGCCCUGCGGGGAGUUUUGGGGGAGGCAGACCAGAGGGGCUCCCUGGUCGCCGCUGACCGCCUGCGCUUUGACUUCACUGCUAAAGGUGCCCUGAGCACGGGGGAGGUCCGGCGGACUGAAGAGAUCGCUUGUGCCUUGAUAAGAGACGCUAAGACGGUGUACGCCAUGGAAGCCCCACUAGCACAAGCCAAGGCCAUUCAGGGUCUGCGUGCCGUGUUCGAUGAGACCUACCCCGACCCUGUCCGAGUCGUGUCUAUUGGGAUCCCCGUUGAGGACCUGCUGAAGGACCCCGACAGCGCUGCUGGUUCCCUCACCUCCAUUGAGUUUUGUGGUGGAACCCAUCUGCAGAACUCGGGUCACGCCGCGCCGUUUGUCAUCGUCUCAGAGGAGGCCAUCGCUAAGGGCAUCCGCCGCAUUGUUGCUGUGACAGGAACAGAGGCCCAGAAGGCCCAGAGGAAAGCCGAUUCCCUGCAACAGGCUCUGUCUGCACUUGGAGACAAGGUGAAGCAGCAGACGGCCCCGAAUAAGGACAUUCAGAAGGAGAUCGCAGACAUGACUGAGUCGAUAGGCACAGCCGUGAUCUCCCAGUGGCGGAAGGACGAGAUGAGGGAAAACCUGAAGGGGCUGAAGAAGAUCAUGGACGACCUGGACCGCUCCUACAAGGCUGACAUCCAGAAGAGGGUCCUGGAGAAGACCAGCGAGGUGAUCGAAAGCAACCCCAACCAACCGCUGCUCAUCAUGGAGAUGGAGACCGGAGCCUCGGCUAAGGCGCUGAAUGAGUCACUGAAGCUGCUGAAGUCGCAAUCCCCCCAGACCGCUGCGAUGCUCUUCACCGUAGACCCCGACGCCGGCAAAAUCACCUGCCUGUGUCAGGUCCCACAGGAAGUGGCCAAACGCGGCCUGAAGGCCAGCGAGUGGGUUCAGGAGGUGUGCCCGCUGCUGGACGGCAAAGGAGGCGGCAAGGACAUGUCGGCCCAGGCCACGGGCAGGAACACGCAGUGCCUGCAGGAGGCGCUACAGAUGGCCAACGAGUUCGCACGGCUUAAACUGGGAGAGAACUGAGAGAAGAGAGGAGGAGGAGAUGAGGUGGCAAACACAGGCUGAGGGGGGGGAGCAAGGUGGAAAAUGAGGUGAUGAAUGAUGAGUGAGUUAUAAACCACCAAACUUUCCUGCCACCAUUUCUUCUCCUCUUUUCUUCUCCUUUUGGGUCAGAAAAUAUUAGAAAACAAACAAAACUCUCGGGUUUCUCGCUGCCGCCAUGUUGACAGACGACCACUGACACUCAGCCAGCUGUAAAUGAACCACUUCUAUAUUUAUUGGGACAAUGAUUGCUGACUUUUCCCAGUAAAAAAAAAAUCAUGUCUGUGGAAAUUGCUUGAAUAUAAAGGAAAGUCCUCUCACACAGUUUAGAGAAAGAGGCAGAUGAUUUGAGAAAUUGUCCACUUCUUUAUUGCAUGCUUGUGUGCAGAGGGAAAGAAAAGAGAUUGAUUUAUCCUCCUACAAGUACUGUACAGCUCACACGAAGCAACAAAAACUGUAGUUUCUGUUGUGAGCGUGAAGUUGGCUCCUGAUUGACUUCCAUCCUGCCUCUGUGUUUGUGUUUCAUCUCACUGCAGCCCUGUUUAUUUAAGUACAACCCUCACAGCACUUUGUCUUUCCCGCUUGUUCAGGGCUGCUUUAAACUGCAACAGUCUCAACUUUUUGCUUUCCUCAGCCCUCAAAGGAAAGUCAGCUCAGCUCCUAAAUGAUUUGGGUGCAGUAUCCACAGCUUUCCAUCUGAUCUCUGAGCAGUGGCUCCGUCCGUCUGUGUGAGCGAGUUCUGUCCUGUGAUCGGUUGGACUCGAGUCGUAGCUGUUUCCUAGUCUUGCUUUUCAAAUAACAAGCCAUUAUUUGACAUGUGUAACAAGUCGACGGGUUUAAUUAAGUAAAUGAAUGAUUCAUUAACUGUAUAAAAUGAUCUUGAACCUAUCCAAUAAUUAAUCCGUGUACCUUCAUUUUGCUGACAUUUAAUAUCGAUUGAAUGCAGAUUGUUGAAAAUGUCUUUUAUCAUUGUAGCUGUUCCAUGUCAGAGAAAUGUCACGUUAUGGGAAUGGAAUAAAAAGGACCUGUAAAUGCCA